UCGAACACGCCACGUAGCCUCUCAGUUAACUUGUGGCCGCCGGUAACCGGUCACCGACACUUGGAAUCACACCGUAUAUAUAUAUUAAUCAGAAGAAAGCACACACGCACGCGUCUCAAAAAAAAUUGUAAUUUCAAAACACACAAACAAAGGCAAGUGACGCACGCAGCGAAACCGACAAGAAGUUCUCUGAGGAAAGUUAUCGAGUUUUGGUUUUUUUUUUCGUGGUUGAUGUGAAGAGAACAUAGAUGGUGGCUGAAGCAGAGGUUACGUUCCAACAGAGUUUACCGGCGGUUUUAGAUAUACAACUGUUAAGAGCAUCAGCCGGCGUUACAGAUAUAGACGGCGUCUCUCUCUCCGCCGUUAAAUCACCAGUUUCUCUUUCGGGUUUAAGAUGUUCGGAAUCGGAUGAUGAUGAUGAUUGUAGUUCAAGUGUCUCGUUAGAUGUUCCGGUUAUACGCUCUGGGAGCUAUGCUGAUAUUGGACCAAGGAGAUCCAUGGAAGACGAACACAUUUGCAUAGACGAUCUAUCUUCUCGUGUUGCGUCUCUUCAUGACUUACCAAAACCUAGUGCUUUCUACGCGGUUUUUGAUGGCCAUGGAGGACCAGAAGCAGCAGCUUACGUAAGAAAAAACGCUAUUAAACUAUUCUUCGAAGACGAAAAAUUUCCACAAACAUCUGAAGUGAACAGUAUCUACGUAGAAGAAGUCAAGAGUUCAUUGAGGAACGCGUUUCUUCAAGCCGAUCUUGCUUUAUCAGAGGACCGUAGCAUCAACCCUUCUUCUGGUACCACGGCUCUCACCGCCCUUGUGUUUGGAAGACACUUGAUGGUGGCGAAUGCAGGGGACUGCAGAGCCGUUCUCUGUAGGAACGGCGAAGCAAUAGACAUGUCUCAAGACCAUAGACCAAUCUACUUACCCGAAAGAAGUAGAGUGGAAUCAUGUGGCGGCUUCGUCGACGACGGUUACUUAAACGGCAUUUUAUCGGUGACACGAGCUCUUGGCGACUGGGACAUGAAGCUACCGCGAGGCUCACGUUCUCCACUCAUAGCUGAGCCAGAGAUCAAGCAGAUAAGAUUAACAGAGGAAGACGAGUUUCUGAUAAUGGGAUGCGACGGGAUUUGGGAUGUUUUGACGAGUCAAGAAGCCGUUAGUAUAGUCAGGCGUGGAUUACGCCGUCACGAUGAUCCGAUGAGAAGUGCUAGAGAGCUUGCUUUGGAGGCUUUGAGGCUAAAUACGUUUGAUAACUUAACGGUGGUGGUUGUUUGCUUCUUGCCGGUUGAUAACGUGGCGGUAGCGGCUGAUCCUACGGUGGAGAAGCAAAUGUGUUGUAGUUUGACGGCAGAUGCUUUUCAGAGCUUGAGGGCCUUUUUGGACGGCUGAUUUGAAAAGAUGAUAGGCGUCCUGAAUUUUUUGUUGCUUUUGUAUGUAUGUAACUUCAAGUGUCUACGUGCUCCAUUUUUUGUGUAAGCUAUAGAGGUUAUUUGUUUCGUGCAUGGAUUCAAGUUUAUGUACAUAAACUUGCUCCAUUUAAGCUUAUAUUACAUUUUAUCAAGUCACAUUGAA